CUCAGCACAAACUGACAACAUGCUGGGGACCCUCUGCUCUCUCAUCACAGCUCUAACAUGUGUGAGUGGAGUGACAGUGGUGACACAGAAGCCUUCAGUUCUGACGGAAGUGCCCUGUCUUCGCUGUUCCUCCCUGAACACCUGCAGCUCAUUGGAUCAUUAUCUGGAGGAGUAUUUGAGCUGUGGUCUGUCACUACCUCUACACCAGAGUGAAGCUUUCGCCUUACUGGAUUCCUGGACUUUCUCUCCCCUGGAAGGAAAAAAAUGAGUUACACUGAGCAGGGGGAAACCUCCAUAUGUUCCGUUCAAGUACCCAUCUGAAAUCUGAGUUACAGUCCGCUCCAUUUCUCCUCUGGGUCCAAAGCUUGUCAACCUGUCCGCCCUCCAACGUGUGCACCUUUCUCUGGAUUUACCACACAGUCUGGAUUCAAGGACUAACAAGGCCCCCCUCAAACUUCAACUUUCAGCUGGACAGAACCAAACCUUUACACCACAAACUGACAUCAUGCUGGGGAUCCUCUGCAGUCUCAUCACUGCUCUAACAUAUGUUGAUGCAGCGAUAACACUGACCCAGAUACCUCCUGUUGAGACCGUUUCAACAGGACAACAAGUUGUUUUAAAAUGUAACAUUCAGAGACAUGAUGGAAACUUUGUCAGAUGGUAUAAACAAGUUCCUGGUGGAGUUCCUCAAUAUGUUCUGCGUUUUCACCACUCCGAUAGUUCACUCCACUUUGGAACAGGAUUCUCUUCAGACCGAUUCAACUCUAAAUCCACCUCAAACAUAGAUUAUCAGUUUAUUAUUAAGCAGGCAGAGGCAGGAGACUCUGCUCUUUAUUUCUGUCAGACAUGGGAUGACUCUGCAGAUGAAGCGGUAUUCGGCCAAGGAACCAAGCUGAUUGUAACAGACUCCAGUCUCCCUCCUCCUGUCCUGACUGUCUUCCCUCCAUCCAGUGCUGAGCUGCAGACCAACAAAGCCACUCUGCUCUGUCUGUCCAGUCAGUCUGGGCCUUUUGCAGAUGUGAGCUGGUUGGUUGGUGGGAGUCCAGUGACCAGUGGGAUCUCUACCAGCACUGCUGUUCAGAGACCAGACCAGACUUUCCACAUCAGCAGUUCUCUGUCCAUCCAGACAUCAGACUGGAACAUGAAUAAGGUUUAUACCUGUAAAGUGUCUUUGGGCUCCCAGACUGCAGAGAAAACCAUCAACAAGUCAGGAUGUCCUGCUGAAGAAAAGUAG